UCAGAAGGGCUGUAACUGUCCAACAGCAGGGGAGGGAAGGAACGAGAGAAAAGAAGGGAGUGACAGAAGCCGGGGGAAGAGGGAGUCUCAUUCAGCCUACAAGAGCGAGGAGGAGUGGAGCGGUUAGUGCAUGGAGUAGGGAACUUGCUGCCUGUGGGAAAGUAAACAGCACAGGGUAUUUGCCGCCCUCUCAGAGGCCUCAGUCCCGCAGCAGCAGAUAAACGCAGGAUGAGAAUGUGUUCAAGGAGGCAGCUGAUUUCAUAGCAGGAAGUGCAUGGGAGGUUGUUGGGAUUAAAGUCCCUCUUGGGAGGUGCUGAAGCUUUCCUGUGGGAGUACUACUGAGGACAAAAAGAGACCUAUGUCCAAAGCUCACCAGGCGCUGGAGAAGGAUGUGGAGGAAGAAGAGCAGAAAGAAAAAAUCAAUUUUGAAGAGGAGAUUGGCAAACAACAGUGCAAAACUACCUCUGGAAAUGAAACAGCCAAAUGCAGUGAGCCUUCAAGUGAUUUGGAAGUGACUCAGGAAAAACAUUCAGAUAAUUUAUCCCAAGUAGUACCUCCUGCUGGUCAGGAGUGUACCAGUUAUUACAACACUAAUGUAUCAACUACAAACAAAAGAGAUCAAGCUUCCACAGUCUCUCCUGCACCCGAGAACCUAAAAGAAAAGGAAGAUCAGACUUGCACUGAGGUGAAGACCGAGAGGGAAACAUGCACUAUUAAAACUGACACAGGAACAGAGGAUAUCAGACCAAGCCCAGCACAAAAUGCUGAAGGUGAGGCCUCUGCUGAUUCAGAACACCAGACGGAUGGUCCGGACGUGAUCUAUGAUGACGUACCCUGUGAAGAAGAUCUGUCUUCAGGAGAAGCUGACUUGAUCUAUGAAGACAUACAGAAAGAGGAUGGCUUGCAAGGGCCCAAUAAUGGCUGGAGCUCAAGUGAGUUUGAAAGCUAUGAUGAGCAGUCCGACUCUGACAGAGCGCCAACCCGCAGCAAGCUCACCCAUGAUGUUCGACGACUGAGAGAACGUUACACCAGGACCAAACAGGAGCUAGCCAUGAGACUGGGGGGCAGACAUCAGGUCCAUCAGCUGAUGCGGGCGGCACGUAGCGGAACGAAAGAUGGCCUGGAGAAGACCAGAAUCGCUGUGAUGAGGAGAGUUUCAUUCCUACAUAAAAAGGACCACUCAGACGACACUGAGGAUGAUACAGGGUAUCUGGAUGUGAUGGUAUCAGAGGCAAAACACCCACCUGCACAACUGGGACCAAUGCCAGAUGGGCUUAGCAGCCUGCAGAUCGUCCGACGCCAUAUUUUGGGUUCCAUUGUGCAGAGUGAGAGGAGUUACCUGGACUCUCUUAAACGGAUCCUACAGGAAUACCAGCGACCUCUGAUGGAGGCCGAGCCUCGGAUCCUCAGUGUCAGGAAAAUCCGGCCCAUUUUUUUCCGUCUGUGGGAGAUCGUGCAGUGCCACUCCAUGUUCCAGAUUGCCCUGGCAUCUCGGGUGGCCGAAUGGGACUCUUGUGAAAAGAUUGGGGACCUGUUUGUAGCUUCAUUCUCGAAAUCCAUGGUGCUGGACGUAUAUAGUGAUUACGUCAAUAAUUUCACCAAUGCCAUGGCCCUCAUUAAGAAAGCCUGCAUGUCUAAACCAGCAUUUCUGGAGUUUCUCAAGAAGAAGCAGGCGUCCAGCAUUGACCGCAUAACUCUCUAUGGUCUGAUGGUAAAGCCUAUUCAGCGUUUUCCUCAGUUCAUCCUCCUCCUGCAGGAUAUGCUGAAGAACACUCCCACUGGCCAUGUGGACAGGCUGCCCUUGCAAUUGGCUCUGACUGAAUUGGAGACCCUUGCUGAGAAACUCAAUGAGCAGAAAAGGGUGGCUGAUCAGAUCACUGAGACGCAGCAGCUGGCUCGCUGUGUCAGUGACCGCUCUCUCAGCAAGCUGCUGAACUCUGAGCAGAGCUCUUUGAUCCUUUGCGAGACGCUGAUUGAGACGGUGUACGGCGAAAGAGGACAGGUCCUCAAGUCUAAGGAGCGAAAAGUCUUUCUCUUCGGUGACAUGCUCAUCUGUGCCAACAUCAACAUCAAGGGCCCCCCUGACAUCAGCAGUCUGGUUCCAGUAGGUCCCAAGUACACCCUGAAGUGGAGCGCCCCCUUGCAGCAGGUCCAGGUAGUUGAAGUGGGUCAAGAGGGCUCCCAGACCAAGGACGCUCUCUAUCAGCUCGGAGGCGUCAAGCGCUCCAGCAGCUCUUCGGGAUCGGGAAGUAUCUUUCUGGGUCCGCCCCGUCUGUAUCAGGAACUGCAGGAGUUGCAGCAUGACCUCUCAGUGGUAGAGCAGGUCACUCUGCUUGUGGGGACUUUACAGGGAACAUACCAGAAUCUGAACACCACUGUAGCACAGGACUGGUGUUUGGCACUGCAAAGGCUAAUCCGCAUCAAGGAGGACCAAAUUCAGAGUGCCAACAAGUGCCGUUUACGAUUGCAAGUUCCUGGCAGACCAGACAAGUCUGGUCGUCCUGUGAGCUUCACUGUGGUCUUCAACACACCAAGCCCCGUCAGCAAGAUCUCCUGGGUCAACCGGUUACACUUGGCAAAAAUAGCGCUGAGAGACGAAAACACACCGGGUUGGUUCUCUGCAGAGGAUGCUGGGAAGACAAAAGCUCCGUUUUGGUGUCCACUACUGGCCUGUCGCAUGCCUGCCUUCACCUCAAAAAGCCAGGAAUAUAAGCUGGAGGCUGCACUUCACAAUCCUGUUCAAUGUGCUUUACUUGGUUUCUCAGCGGCGAGUACUUCACUUCCUCAAGGCUACCUCUGGGUAGCCGGUGGAGGUGAUUCCACUCAAGGCCAGGUGGACAUCUUCUCCUUGAACAGACCCACACCUCGGCCUGUAAAAUCCCUCCAGAUGGGCGCUCCAGUGAGGUGUUUGGAGUAUGUGCCUGAGCCCACCCCUUCAGAGGAUGCCAAAACCAGCCCUCACAACUCCACGGGAGUUGGGAAUACUAUCUGUGUGGGACUUGAUGAUGGCAGCAUUCUGGUCUACGGCAGUAUGGACACAGCCGCCCAAUGUCUUGUGACUCUCCGUAACCCUGAGGGCUGUCCAGUUCUGUGUCUCAAACAUUCCGGGAACUUCCUGUUCACUGGCCUGCGGGAUGGAACGCUGAUGGUGUAUGAGAGACAUCACGGAGGGGAGCUGUGGAACCAGGACUCCUGUAGGAAAGUAACCGUUGGUUCAGAUCCCAUCAGGACACUACUUGCCUUGGAUGACUCGGUCUGGGCUAGCUGUGCUAACACAGUAACUGUAGUUGACGGCUCCAGUUUGUCCACUCAGAAAUUUGAGGUCCAUCAGGACCCAAUGGUGAGCGUGGCCCAUAUGGUACGAGCUGGGGGUGGCGUAUGGAUGGCUUUUUCAGAAGGUUCCUCUAUACGCUUGUUCCAUACGGAAACACUGGAGCACCUGCAGGAGAUCAACAUAUCUACACCCUCAUCGUUUUACAACCCCAGUCAGAAGAACAUGAGAGUAACCAGCCUGCUGAUUUGCCAGGGACUGCUGUGGGUGGGAACUGCCCAGGGCAUUAUCAUCACCCUGCCUGUGCCCAAGCUGGAGGGCAUCCCCAAAAUUACAGGUAAGGGGAUGACAUCUCUUAAUGCACACUGCGGGCCUGUGGAUUUCUUAGUUGGUCUUUCCAGCAGUUUGUCUCCUGAUCUUCUGAAGCGGGAUUCUAUGGUGGAAGGGCAUGACUCGGCCUGUGGAGUGGAGGACCGCAGUGACUCGUCCUCUCAGGAAUCUCUCCAGCAGCCCAGUAUUUCCGCCCAAGUGGAUGGUAAAGGGAAGGGGCGGAGUGGGGUGUUGCUACAGUACCGCCUCCGCUCAACCUCGGGUUUGCCCGGGCGACCAUUAACCGCGAGAGGGGACGAAGCCUCGGACUCGUCUUUAGAAUCUUUGGAGCACAGCAUGGAAGACGGCUCCAUAUACGAACUCAGCGAUGAUCCAGACAUGUGGGUCAGGGGUCGAUCCUGCGAGAGGGACGGGGUAAAGAGGAAUAGGGUUACCUCAGUAGCAGUCAUCUCGGGCGGGAAGGGCUUCCGCCGACUGAGGGAGGGUUCUGUGGCGACCACCGCAGAAACCACACUUAUGAUCUGGCAGCUUCCUCUCACGGUUUGAGCUGAAAUUGUGUUUAAGGAAUUGUGAAAUGAAAAUUUUGACAAUUUACUUACCCAUACUGUAUGUCAUUCCACACCUGAAUGACUUUUUUUUUAAUUAAUGUACUGGUCACUCUUUUCAGCUCUGUUAAAAUGAAUGAAAGCUUCAUAAAAGAUAGAAAAGUUGCCAUGAAAUUGUCUCAUCCUCCCAAGUUAUCAUCAAACAGUGAUGAACAGUCCUUUUAAAGUUUAAGGAGUCAUUUCUCUGAUAAUUUUCCUGUCUUGAGAACCAAUUCAUGAACAGAUCAUCCAGAUCAAUUUUGUAAUCUCAACUGAUUCUUUGAAAAGAUCGGACUCAAGUCAUUUUACAGUUCAGGCAUCACUAGGGUAAUAACAGUGAAUGAUAUAAUAAACAAAAAAACAUUCAAACGUCUGCUUACACUUCAGGCCUGUGGUUGUAAUAUUAAGCUAAUUUUAUUUUUAUUUACCUUUUGGCUUCUAAGGAUUAUAAAAAAGACAAUAUGAGGUAAAACUAUUAACUACUAGCCGUUAACUUUCCUGAACAACGAUGCACAUUCGUUCCUCCCUAAAACCCAAACUUAAUGUCAGAAUCAGCACAAUCUGUGAUUGUUGUAAAAUACCGUCUUUACGGUUGUUAAAUUGUGGGACAUGUUUGAUAGUAAAACAUUGAAAGCACAACAAUCCGUGCAAGAGAUGCUGUUCCCCAGGCAGAAAUAUGUGUGCGUGCUCCAAUACGGACUGCAACUUGACAAGCAAAUUACACUUUGGGCUUCGGGUGAACAUCCAAGUGAUCAAAUACACACAGAAUAGGUCAAAAUGGCCAGCUUGGAGAGUGUUCACUUAAACACAGUUUAUGUCUUAAGUGGACGUGAACAGUUGGGAGAAAAUCCGAUGUGUGUCAAUAUAUAUUAUCUUAAAGUGACAGCAGUGACUGGUGCUCGGGCCAAUGUUAAUCAAACAACAAAAUGCAAAGAGAAAAUCACAGCUCUCAAUCUGAAUAACUUUAUCUUUAAUAAGCAUUAAUCUAUUAAUUCAUACAGUGAAAACUAUGCAGUGUUCCUUUACAUUUGAUUACUUUAUUAGAUUUCUUUUGUAGGCUAUAUUACUUACCUGAACAGUAAUGUUAGUAGACUUAUAUGGAAAAGUUAAAACACUAUUUAUUUCAUUGAAUCUUUGUUUUACUUUAUUUCAGUAAAACAAAGAUUCAAUUCAAAGAUUACUUAUAAUAAAGUAAUAAGAUGAAAUAUUAUUACUUUAUUUCAUUGAAUUUUUGUUUUACUUUAUUAUAUAAGAAUAUCGUUGAAGUAUUGGAUUGAUAAGCAGUAUCGGCAUGCCGUUAAAACCUUAACGAUACCCAUCUAUACAAAGAUAUCACCACUUUUAUGGUUUGUGUGUGUGUGUAUAUAUAUAUAUGUUAUUUUUUUAUUUUAUUUUAUUUUUUUGGUCAUUUUUGGAGCCUGACAGCUCCAGUCCUCAGUUUUAUUAUACAGAAGAAUGGUGACCAGGAUAUUUGCAAGAAACAAAGUAAUAUGGGUUUGGAAUGACAUGAGGAGAAGUAAAUUACAGAAUUUUCAUUUCAGAGUGAACUUUCCCUUUUCGCUGGGCAUGUGUGGUACAAAAUGUGAGACUCUUAGACUGUUCACUUUCCCAGAAAAAAAAAUGUCUUCUAUAUUAAAUGACCUUGCGAUCUUGAGAAAUCCAGGUCCUCUAAUAAGAAUAUUCCAUAACUAAUAGGCUCAGAGUAAUAAAUUCUCGCUUAAUUCAGCUUCUGUCACUCAUUCCUGUACAGUACCUGGAAGGUGUUUCCUUACCAGUAGAGAAUUUAAAUCCAUGUAUUUAAUCUCAGACUUCACCGUAAUCAGGGCCUAAACUAUUCAAAUAGAACAUUUCCUUGAGGCCUUAGUCCGGUCAGCCUUUAGUGAAUCAUGAAUUUACCACACCAAAGCACCAAAGCUGCUGAGGUUUUUUAUUAUUAUUAUUAUUAUUUCAUUCCCCUGCAUCUGAAAAAAAAAAAGAAAGAAAAAAAUCAUAUCAGUGGAAAGUGAAAAGUAAAGUGAAAGGGGUUUUUUAUGCUUUUGUGCAGUCACUCUGAGAAUACUCUCACCCUUUGACUCUUGAUAAUGUGAACGCAUGAAGUCAAGCCUGUGCAGGUCAGUGCUGUGUGAGUCAAUGUUAAAAAUGGAUUUCAAAACAAUUGAAGGCCUACAUUUAUAUGGUGAAUGGUGAAGCCUCAUUAAAAAUCUUUUUAGCGGACACGUUUUUUCUUAUGUACACAACCUGAAAACAUUUUCACCAUAUGGCAGUCAUUUGAAACGUCUGCUUAAAUCACCAUUACUUAACAAGCAAGUUCAUUAGCAGCUGGUUGUAGAAAGAUACAAGCACCACUAAUUGCAGGAAAGUUGGGGAUCUUGUGAAGCUUUUGAUGUUUAUUUGAUCUUGUUGAAGGGUGUUCACUGCUGAUAUUUUGUGUAAUAUUGCAGUUCCAUCUGCAAGCUACAGUUGGUUACCCUCAUUCUUUUUCCUUGUUUGAUCUACAUUUAAGACGUUGUCUUCCAGUCUUCCAUUAGGAAUUGUGCCAGAUGCACAUUGUAUUGUGUAAAAGGGAAUAGUUUGAUGUUGCUUUUGGUACAAACGAACAAGUAAAUAAAUAAUAAACUCAUUAAUGAAUACUGCUCUAAAAAGCUCUGUUUAAACACCAGCUUGGCCAAACUUGGAGCCCUGCUGAACCAGCAUAGACCAGCAAACCACCUUAGGCUGUUUUAAUCUUUUUUGGAGACAGCAAAUAAACUGUAUUAAACUAAAAUUUCUCAGAAAUAGCUGCUGAAUAAUAUAGUUAAAUGGUUUAUUUUUCCACCCCUCACCACUUUGUCAUCAUGCAUUUUUCAUACCAUGCAACAUUAUGAAUGUACGAAAUGUAUAAUUGGUCUUGGUACUGCAAACUUUUAUUAAAACUGUUAAACUUAAAUUGCUUUUUUAUGUUUUUGCAUUAUAACAUCAAACAUUUAUGAAGGCCAUAAUAUCCCACUGAAUGUAAUAACUGUAGUGCUACAGCAGUCAUUCAUUGUUUGGAUAUGAAAUUCAUAAGUAAAAGUGAAUUAAAUUUAACAUGAAUAAUACAAAUUGUGCAUUAUCCAUCCAUAUAAAGUAACCACUUGAAGUUUCCAUUUGUGUCCCAAAUGCACUGAAUGUUUAGGAUUUGUUUAUGCUAAUAAAAUGUAGCCUCAUGUUUGUCAAUUCACUGUUACUAAAAUAAAAGCAAUAAAUCUAC